AUGUGUGUGCGGCCCUCAAGCGCAGCCCAAUCCGCUCGAGCGGAACGAGUAGCGACCAAGAAGACAGAGACUCGUGAUUCACGACUCGUAAUGCGCCCGCGUUCAUAUUCGAACGUAUCUACGGCGUCCAGCAGCUGGUCUCCCGCCGGUAUGGACAUGACCUCUCGCGAUACGGUGUCAGGCCGUUGGGUGGAGGACGUGGCUGCGCGUACGUGCGCCAAGUGCGAGCGCGUGUUUUCUCUCGUUAACCGCCGCCAUCAUUGCCGCGUGUGUGGUGAGAUCUUCUGCCAUGCCUGCUCACGCACACGCAUGGUGCUAGCUACGAACCCGGGCGAGAUCCCGCGGCGCCAGCGCGUGUGCGACCCGUGCGCAAUCCACGCACACAGCAGCGCUGUAUUGUAUGAUUCCGACGACUCAUUACGCUUUCGUGCCAAGGAGGAGAGUGCUCAAGGUGCGACAACGACGGAGGAACUGUUGCUGGUCAAGAAGCAACAGGACAAGAAGGUCCGGAAGACACUGACGCCGCCGCAGAAACAGGAUGAUAGCAGCUUGAGCUUCUUGUUGGCUUCGGUAGUGGGUUUCGCGGCCGCUUUUUGGUUUUUAAAGGGCGAGGUGGCCAUGUCCAAUCCAGCCGUCUGGAUAUUACUGGCUGGUUUUGUCAAGAAUGUGUACGAGGUCGUCACGAGGAUGAAUGCCGCCCGCUACUUCACGGACGGCGUCACGGAUCUGGAAGAUGCCGAGAAUAUUUUUAGUGGCAUGGAUCUAAAUGCGACGGACGAGCGAAUCAUUACCUCGACGGACACGGCGAAGAAGACUGAACAAAACAAGUAUGCUGAUGUGAAGAUUACAGCGGUGCAGAGCGAUGAGCUCAUUGCGAGCUCGCAACGAUCAUUGGACAAAGUACUGGAACUGGCCAACACGGAGGUGACAAAGGACCCGGCGUGGACGGAGGAGGUUCCCACAACAGAGAACGUUACAGUUUACUCGCGAGACGGUAAACCGUCGCGUAUUUACAAGUGCGAGGCCGAAAUUCCACUCUCGCCAGACGAGCUCUUUGAUGAGCUGUACACGAAUUUGGAGACUAGCAAUGUCUGGAAUGUGACGGCAGCUGAAAGCAACAUUAUCUGCAAAUUAGAUGAGACCACUGAUCUGGUGCACCUGACUUCGGCCCCUGCUUUGGGCGGCAUGAUUUCUAGCCGCGACUUUGUGAACACACGGACAUGGCGUCGUCAGGAUGGCGGCGGGUACGUUAUUGCCAACAGCUACGCCGGAAAGAACGUUUUGAAGCCUCAGAAGGGUAUUACUCGUGGCGAGAACGGCCCGACUGGAUGGGUCAUCCUGCCACACCCGACAUCUCCAUUCAAGAGCCGUCUUAUUUGGAUUCUCAACAUGGACAUCAAGGGCUACUUUCCUUCUAGUGUUAUCCACAAGGGCUCCAUCAGCGAAGUUUCUUGCUUCGUGCGUAACCUGCGUCAAUACAUAGCACGCAAUACUAAUUCGGACGAGGUCGCCCCUGAACAUGUUUCGACUACUAUGCAGUAA